AAAUAAUUAAUAAAUGAUAUAUAUUUAGUAACUUAUUUCAUGACUGUAAAAAAAAUUCAUUAAAAAUAAGUAUAGUUUGGAGCACGCAAGGUGUCCUCAGGUAUUCUUAAGUCCUCUUUAACUCAAUAAACAAUGUCUUAAGACUAUUUGGAGACUUAUACGUAAGUUGAAGUACAUAUAUUUACAAGCGAGGAUACCGAGGGGGGUGUUAAUGUUAAACCCGGGGGUACAAAUUGUCAGUACUUGUUGGACUAGCGUUUAAUAUUUAAAGAGAACUCGGACCGAUAGGACGAGCUGCAUCUGACAGUGGGCCAUCAGCUCCGUCUUCCUUACCAAUAAUCCUUUCGCUAAAUUUGUGCGCCCGUGCUUUAACACACUUGGAUUAGUUUGUCUAGUUACAAUUUUUUCCAAGAAUUUUAAAACUAAAAAUGACAGUGUUAACGGGUCCCAGUUUUGCCGCAUAUGGCAGCGGCGGUGGUUGGUCACGAGGAUCUGGCAAUCAAACGGUAGUCGACAAAGUCCUACCUGAGAUGCUGCACCUGGUUGACGCCCACUGGUAUCAAUUCCCACCGAUGAAUCCACUAUGGCACGCGAUCCUCGGCUUGGUAAUCGGUUGUCUUGGUCUCGUAUCCAUUAUCGGCAAUGGAAUGGUUGUCUUUAUCUUUACAUCAACUAAAAACUUACGAACACCAAGCAAUCUGCUGGUUGUCAACCUCGCUUUCGCUGACUUUUUAAUGAUGUUCUGCAUGGCACCACCCAUGGUCGUCAAUUGCAUCUACGAAACCUGGGUCUUUGGUCCACUGAUGUGCCAACUGUAUGCCUGUGCUGGAUCCUUAUUCGGAUGUACCUCCAUUUGGUCAAUGACAGCGAUUGCAUUCGACAGAUACAAUGUUAUUGUUAAGGGUUUAUCUGGCAAACCGCUGACUGUCGGUGGCGCAUUAUUGCGUAUACUAGGAAUCUGGCUUUUCUGCCUUGCAUGGACUAUUUUCCCGCUCUUCGGGUGGAACAGAUAUGUACCUGAAGGCAACAUGACUGCAUGUGGUACUGACUACAUCACCAAGGACUGGUUCUCCCGGUCAUACAUAUUAGCAUAUUCGGUGUUUGUCUACUUCUUGCCGCUCUUUCUAAUUAUCUACAGCUACUACUUCAUUAUCGCGGCGGUAACUGCUCACGAGAAGAACAUGCGUGAGCAGGCGAAGAAAAUGAACGUCGCAUCAUUGAGAUCACAGGAAAACCAGAACCAAAGUGCGGAAUGCAAACUUGCUAAGGUUGCUUUAACAACAAUUUCCCUGUGGUUCAUGGCUUGGACGCCAUACCUGGUGAUCAAUUACGCCGGUAUCUUUGAGAGUGUGACUAUAAGUCCACUUUUCACUAUCUGGGGGUCUGUGUUUGCUAAAGCCAAUGCUGUCUAUAAUCCUAUCGUCUAUGGUAUCAGUCACCCCAAAUAUCGCGCGGCAUUAUUUGCACGGUUCCCAUCGUUGGCUUGCUCAGAUAAAUCCAGUGCAGGUGAUGCUGUUUCAACAGCAACCACCGUCACUGAAGGUGAAAAAGCAAAUGCAUAAAAUAAAUACAAUUAAUUAAAUUGAGGAAGUUCAAUAAUUAUUGGAAAUAAUUUAAACAAAAAUUAAUUAUUAAAUUAAACGGAAAACUCGCAAGGAAUAAAAACUCUGUAAGAGUUUAUAAUUUAAAAUAAUUAUCUGGAUAAUUAUAUUUUUUAAUAAUUAAGAAUUGUAUAUAUUUUGUGUAAUUAUAAAG